UAAUUUUAAAAUUCCGCCCAAAAAAAGGGAAGCGCAAGACAAAAUGCCCGUCGAAGUGGAAGCUCAAUUAGACUCUGUAGAACCAGAAAGUAAAAGAUUGUGUACAAUGCCUCUUGAUUCAGUAUUUUUGAAGUUUGCGAAACUGACACAAAAAGCCUUUACUCCAACGCGUGGGUCGAAGUUAGCCGCUGGAUACGAUUUAUACAGUGCCUAUGAUGUAAGUAUACCAGCUAAAGGGAAAGCUCUUGUGAAGACAGACAUACAGAUUGGCCUGCCAGAUGGUUGCUAUGGACGUGUUGCACCAAGAUCAGGCCUGGCUCACAAACAUUUCAUUGAUGUUGGCGCUGGUGUGAUUGAUCAGGAUUACCGUGGAAAUGUUGGGGUUGUCAUGUUCAACUUCUCAGAAAAAGAUUUUGAAGUAAAAGCUGGUGAUAGGAUUGCUCAGUUGAUAUGUGAAAGAAUUUACCUACCUGACCUGAAGGAAGAAGAUACCCUGGAUAUAACAGAGCGUGGAGAUGGGGGCUUUGGCUCGACGGGGAAGAACUAGGGUGAGAGAGGUAACCUCAUAAAGACUUCAACAUCCACUUGUUGCCACUAGAGGAAAGUGCUGGACUGAAACAUUAAAGAAUCAAUCUUAAAGUGCAGAUGUAGAGAAUCCUGUUUACAGACUUCCAGCCCUGGUUGUUAUAUUUAGAAAUGUGGUUGGUGUGUUGUUGUGUUGUUUUUUUGACAACCAAAAAAAAAAAGCCAACGAAAAAGCAAUCUAGACUAAAGUUUUGCAAAGAAAGAAUAAAAAAUAACAGUAAUGAAACUUUAACAAAAUUUGAUGAAUAUUUAGCAAGAGGUGGCAAAAGUUUAGGCCUGGCCUCAAGAUAACAAAUAAAGCACAAACUCAGAUCUCUGGAAUUUGAUUGGUCAGAAACUCACAGAAUGUACACUGACCAAUGAAAAUCCUGAGAUUUGAGACAGAAUGCAGAAAAUUCUUUGUUACCUUGAGGCUGAACAAAGUUGCAACUGGCCCUAGUGUGUACACUGGAAAAAAUAGGGAAUCAGUUUUUACCAUAUUCAUUGCCAGUGGUAAUUUAAAAGGUUUUUUAAUGAUUAUAUAUUAUAAUCAUUAAUACCUCAGUCUCAGGAUUUAUCAAAGAUUUGAAUUUCAUGCUAUGCAAAAUACAU